CUGCGCAUGCGUGUUUUGUACCUGGAGAGCCCAGAGUCUGCUUUGUUGUCAGCAUCGCUACUGUGAGUAGCGGCGAGUUAGCUGCUAUUCCAAGACAUUUUACGGAAUUUUCACGUGGCUCAUAGGAUAGAAAACGCUGUGAACUUCGUUUACAAUCAUCACUUCUACCAUUUUUGUCGGUUGGACGUUACAGACGACAGAAGUCUGGACCUCUUGUAUACAAACACAACGCUGCAAGCUGUUUUUUAAGGUGGUACUUCGGAGAGGAGCCAGACUCCUGCGAUUGCUGUUUGCAAGUUUGGCUAACUUCGUCUUGGCCGCUUUGUUAGAGAUGGAAUUAUCCAUACAACACUUUUAGGAGUUAAACUCCAAAACGUAACCGUAGGAACAUGAGAGAAGAGGACAGUUUGAUGUUGGGAAGCCAGUUGAUGGCAAGUGAAAGAGGGGGUGAACGUCCCUUCUGCUGCCCCCACUUGACGGAGGAGAAAGGACUAACCGAGCAGCAGGGUGGCCUAAGGCCUCCUUGUCAUCUGUUCAGGUCCUAGUGGAACAAACACAGACUAUCGACAUGGAGACGGUGGGGAAAUUUGAGUUUAGUCGGAAGGACUUGAUAGGACAUGGCGCAUUUGCUGUCGUGUUCAAAGGAAGACACCGAGAGAAACAUGACUGGGAGGUGGCGGUUAAAUGUAUAAACAAGAAGAACUUGGCGAAAUCUCAGACACUUUUGGGGAAAGAGAUCAAAAUAUUGAAGGAGCUCAAGCAUGAGAACAUUGUUGCUCUACUGGAUUUUCAGGAAACCGCUAGCUCCGUGUACCUGGUGAUGGAGUACUGCAAUGGCGGUGAUCUCGCUGACUACUUACACUCUAAAAGCACGCUGAGUGAGGAUACUAUUCGAGUGUUCCUGCAGCAGAUCACAGGAGCCAUGCGGGUCCUCCAGACCAAAGGGAUAAUCCACCGAGACCUCAAACCUCAGAACAUCCUGCUGUCCUACCCACCUGGGCGCAAGUCUUACUCUAACAACACCUGCAUCAAGAUAGCGGACUUCGGCUUCGCCAGGCAUCUGCAGAACAACAUGAUGGCUGCUACACUCUGCGGGUCCCCCAUGUACAUGGCUCCUGAAGUCAUCAUGUCCCAGAACUAUGAUGCCAAGGCUGACUUGUGGAGUAUAGGAACCAUUGUGUUUCAGUGCCUGACUGGAAAAGCUCCUUUUCAGGCCAGCAGCCCUCAGGACCUCCGGAUGUUUUAUGAGAAAAACAAGAAUCUCAGCCCAAACAUCCCCAGAGAAACCUCCACCCAUCUGAGGCACCUUCUCCUGGGCCUGCUGCAGCGCAACCCAAAGGACCGGAUGGAGUUCGACGAGUUCUUUUGUCAUCCUUUCCUGGACGCCAGUUCAUCCAUUAAAAAGACCACCCCUACAGUGACCAUGACCUGUUUGCCCAGCUCUGCAUCAGCCAGCUCUUGUAGCAGCUCCUCCACCUCUCACCUUGCCUCCCCACCGCAGUCUCUUGCAGAGACUCAGAAUCUGCGUACCAAAGUUCUGGCCUCCCCGACCCAGGAGGCUACUGGUUUUCACCUGAAGGACUCAUCUGGAGGAGAUGUCAGUAGCAAGAACUCCUCCUCCUUUGACACAGAUGACUUUGUGAUGGUGCCCGCUCAUUUUACAACAGGUGAGCUGACAUGUGAGAGCAAAGUGCUGCAGGACAGCCUGACAAACAGCGGCUCCCUUUUGGCUUCUUCUGGUUGUAAUCAAGCCAAAACACCUCCUCACUCACCUUCCCACAGUGGCUGUCCCAGUCCUGCCAGGCCCAUGGAGUUUCUGGGGAGUCAUUUUUGUGGUAACCAAGGAAACCAGGGUCAGUCAUUGCCAAUCCCAGUCCCCACUCAGGUCCAGAACUACCAGCGCAUGGAGCAGAACCUCCAGUCACCCAAACAGGAGGGCUCACCACGGCUGUCCAUGCUGGUCCGCCGCUGCAGCAGCGGGAGCUCAAUGGGCACUGGUAGACCUGGACCUUCACCCCCCAGGCAGGUAGCAGUCCCCACCUCCCGCAGGCUCUCCCUAGGAGGAACCAAGACCUUCCAGCUCUCACCUCAAGCCCCACAUCUCACUGAAGUGAGGCCGACCUCUCAGCAGCAGCUGCAACAACCGGCGGGGCUGGGCUCACGGCUCCACAGUGCCCCCUGUCUGUCGGAGUGUGUGAGCGGGGGAGGAAGGCCGAAAAUCAAGAAGCAACAUUCGGACCCUGUGGCUGUCCCCUCCACGGGGAUGAUGGCUGUUCGUCCCCUGCACUCCUCCCCCAGACUUAGUGAGCUGAUGCAGCGUAACCCCCUUCCCACCAUCUUGGGCUCCCCCUCUAGGACCAUUCCUCCAUUUGAAUUUCAUAAACUUCCGAGUUCUCCGAACCUUGUGAAUUACCUGACGCAGACGGGUUUGGUAAUUGGCUCGCCUUGCAGCAGGACUGCCCCUGGAGAGCUCAGAGACCUCGGACAGCAAGCCACUAACCCGGCUCACUACAUCCAAAGAAUGAAUGAUGAUGGCAUGAGCUUCGGGAGGUCACAGAGUGCCGGUCGUCUGUCUGAUGUCCUUCUAAUGGCCGCGUUUGGAGCAGGAGGACAUGUGGUGGACCGAGGCAGCCCAGAGAACAUGAUGUCUGAAAAAGCCAUAGACAUAUUAGGUCCCCCUGGUGGUGGAGGAGGCUUUGCUCCUGGUUCAAGCAGCCCAGCUCAGGUGAUCUUCACUGUUGGCUCUCCACCCAGCGGCACCACCCCACCUUACAGCUGCAGACAGAGGAAAUGCUCAGGCUCCUUCACUUCAGGCAGUCCUGCAGGCUCCUUAACUAGUCGCUACCCCCAGACAGGCACCUAUCUGGAUGGCUUCGAGGCCCCGCCCAGUCCCCGUUACAGUUUCACUGAUCCCAUUACAGCCAACAUGGGCGGUCCAGUGACUUUUGAGGCUCCCGAGCUUCCUGAGGAGACACUGAUGGAGCAGGAACACACAGAAACGGUGCAGCGCCUGCGCUUCACCUUGGAUUUUGCCUACUGCCUGACAGAGGUGGCUGCUGCCCGUGGGGCCAUGGUGGCAGAAGGGCAGGGAGAGUUCUCCCAUCCCUCCUUCCUUCAGCAGCAGAGCCUGGUGGCAGAUCAGAUCAGCUCACUGAGUAGGGAGUGGAGUUAUGCAGAGCAGCUGGUGCUCUAUCUGAAAACUGCAGAGCUCUUGUCUACUGCCUUAACCACAGCCAUGGAGCAAGUUAAACAAGGCAAACUCUACCCGUCUGCUACAGUCAAACAGGUAGUCAGAAGGCUGAAUGAGCUGUACAAGUCCAGUGUGGCAUCUUGCCGCUCUCUCAGCACCCGUCUGGAACACUUCUUCACCAGAAAACACCGUCUAAUGGACCAAAUCACCUCCAUCACAGCGGAGCGGCUGCUCUUCAGCCACACUGUGCAAAUGGUUCAGGCUGCUGCGCUGGAUGAGAUGUUCCACCAGGGGGAGGCGUCGGUCCUACGCUACCACAAAGCCCUGUUGCUAAUGGAGGGCCUGUCCCUUCUCCUCACUGAGCAGGAGGACAUCCUCAGCAUCAGCAAAUGCAAGGAGUGUAUCGAACGGCGCCUCACAGCUUUGCAGUCAGGGCUCUGCGUUUGAGAGUCCCGGUGCUGUGUGAUGUCAUCCAUUUGCACCCAGCGCAUUACCAGCUAACCAAGCUCCCCCACCCCCAUCUCAUGGUUUGACAGAGAAACUGUUUCGUUUUUGCAAGAAAACCACAAGAUUUAAGAUUUCUGUGUAACUUGAGGGUCUGUGUUGUGAAUAUUUGUGAUGUUCUUCAGCUCUGAACCAUUGCAGAGACUUCCUGGUUGUUGGAUAAGCAUUGGACACUUUUACUGCUGGCACCUACAAGACAAUAAGAUCAUUCCUACCCCUUAGCUGUUAGCAUAACACAUGCAAGGAGCAGAUAUUGCCAAGUAGUCACAUUCCCUCACGUAUCUAACGAGGCUUUUUAGGAUCAAUGAAAACUCAUGCUACAUUCAGAUCAUUAGACGGAGUUUAAUCUUUUAUUAAAUCACAAGCGGGAAGAAAAAUGCAGUUCAUGCUGCAUAUCUAAUAACAUGCUGAUGAGGACUGACAGUGUCCACAAAUUCAUGUCUUAAAUCUUUUUUUGUGUGUGUUUAUCUGUGUUUUCUGCAGCAGAUGUGCAGAGAAGCUCUCAUACCAAACUGCUGCCAAAAACUCCUAAAAAAGAAAGUCUUCAGUUUAGUGUUUUAGAAUUGGGAUCUGUAGCCAUGCUGGUUUGAGCCAGAGUCUCACUGGGCAAAUGACCCAACAUGAGUCAUAGAGCUGUUGUGUUGUUUGGAUUUUAAAUCCAUCCAUUUUCAUCUGCUUAUCGGGGGUCGGGUUGUGGGGGCAGCAGCCUAAGCAGACAGGCCCAGACUUCCCUCUCUCCAGCCACUUGGGCCAGCGUCCCCGGGGGAAUCCUUAGGCCUGGCCAGCCGAGAGACAUGGUCUCCUCCCGAUUGAACGUGCCUGAAAAACUUCACCAGCCUCACUUGUCUCAUAAGACAGGGAGGCGUCCUUUAUCUCGUUCUUUUGGUCACUACCCAAAGCUUGUGACCAUAGAUGAGGGUAGGGACGCAGAUCAACCAGUAAAUCGAGAGCUUUGCCUGUAUCACUGCACAGGCAGCACCAAUCCACCUAUCUAACUCCCGCUCCAUCUUUCCCUCACUCGUGAAGAAGACGAGUGGAUUUUAAAAAAAGAUUCUCUGAAGCCAUCUGAGGUGUUUCAGGCUUGUCCUGCCAGCAGGAUGGCUCUGGGUCCACCCAGAACAUGCUGGAGGGGUGAAGUCUCCACGUUGACCAGGUGAAGCUGGUGGUGGUUGCUGGGGAAAAGGUGGUUUGGGCCUCCCUACUGGAGCUGUUAUCCCCGCAGCUCAGACCCAGAUAAGCGAGUGAAAAUGGACAGAGGACAAGACUGUAGUUUGUCUCCAACUUUUCUCAAUUUAGUUUCAGUGAGUUUGAAACUGACUAAUGUGAGAAAACUUAGCUGAUAAAACAAAACAAUUAAGAUACUUUGUGACCAAUUUGUGACCCAUGUGAUCUAAAUGUGCCACUUUUAAAACUUGUAACUAAAGUGUCUCGUGUAUCAAUUCUGUUUGGUUUCUACUGAAAAAAAUGAAAAUUUUCUCUCAAUUUUUGAUUCUCCAACUAGUCGUCAGCAGCUACAGCCCAGUGAGACCCUGGUAUUAAACAUCUGCCACUUUACUGAUACCUGUUUAUUAUCAAAAGCCUUUUGAUAUUUAUUAACACUAUGUGGUUUGGACAGAGGUUGUUUGAUUCUUUAUUUUUCCAACUCGCAUCACCUCGCAUCAUUCUGUAGCUUCUAAUUCAGAGUCUGGAAAUCAUUCUUCAACAUCUUUCAUCACAAGAUGCUGCAGACUCCUGGGACGUGUUCAUCCGUCUCACGGAAGCUUCCACACAGCUGGUUAUUCCCACAUUCUGUCCUUUUCUAUCCCAUCAGCCAAUCAUGUUGUUCAGCAGGCAUAAUCAAACCUGAAUGUAGGGCGGUGAGAAGCAGACUGAAUGUUACUUGGUUAGCAUUGAGGCGGGUCCUAAAGCUGAAUGUUUUUGCACUGUUUAAGUACUGUAUUAAAAGAGGAACAUGCUAAAUUCAUCCAGUUUUUGAGGCUGUGCUCGUUUAGAAACUUCUGAUAACUCAUUUUACCGCCUUUAUUAUUAUUAUUAUUAUUAUUAGUUGUGUUACAGUAGCCGUGUGAGAGUAGUACAUGCUUUAUGUUAGAACGGCGAGAAGGAGAUGGUAUAAGCUAUAAAAUCUUCUAUAGACGAAGAAAUGGAAAGAGAAAAUAUAUUUACACUGAAAAAAAAGUGUUUUGAUUGUUUUGUGCUUUAUAACAGACCUGUUGGGUAUACUUUUGUAAAGCUUCAUGUCUGUUCAGAGUUUGCUGUUGUUGUUAGCUUUAUUAGCUCAUCUAACCCUUUGGGCCAACUGGAAAUUUGAACCUCUUAAUUAGUUGCUUUUGAGAAGUUGUUGGUGUGCUUGCUCGUGUGAAGUGGUUAUUUAGUGUGUUAAUGGGUGAUGGGGUGUGUACAGCACAUAGUGACAUAACUCUACUGGAAGAUGCGAGAAACAGAAGCAUCCUCUCAAAAAACAACUUUUAAGUCCAAAAAAGAGCUUGUUUUAAUGGUAUUAAUUUUUUUAUUGUUUUUUUUUUGCUGAAGAUAAGUUGAUAUUUUAUUAUGACGUUGUGAUCUUGGCUGAAGGAGGUUUACAUUGAAGCCUUGACAGAUCAGCAGGGAAGGUUGUCUCAGUGUGUGUGUUGCCUUUUAUUCCCUUAUCAUUUGCUCUAUGUGUGUGUUUAAGUGUACAUUCCUUGUCUGAGUUUAUUCACAGACUCUUGCAACUAAACACGCUGCUGUUUUCAGUGACACGUGUCACAUUUUUUACUGUUCCGUACAAUCAUUCCCAUCCAGAUGAGGAUCGAUGAGGAGUGUUUGAGGGGAAGGUGGAUCAUCACGUUGAGUCUUUUUCUGAAUUGUCUUUCUUUGUUUAUUGUCUAACAUCCUAGAAUGUGUUAAUUGUUGUUUCAUUUUAUUAAUUAUGUGUUGCUUGUUGUGAUGAAUUAAGUUAUUGUGUGCUGUGCACUGCAGGCUCAAGAGAACGGUACACACCACCUGUACUUUCCAAAGACUAAAGGCUUUCUGCUUGAUCUUCCACAUUUUCCUGUUUUCAUAACCAUAACAUGUGCACUAUCUCAGUAUUGUCAUGUAAUCUCUACUGUUUGAGAGCUGCAUCAUUAAUAAAGUGAAAGGAAAAGUCA